AUGGAAGACGCGCCCCCUGUGCCGAGUCCCCUUUCGAUCCGACAAAGCUACGGUUCCCCCCUGGGCGAAGAAGAAGAGGGAGAGGACCUCCUCACGCCCCUUUUGCAGUCUCGCCGCCCCUCGCGGCAGUACGUGUCUAUCUCCUCCCCGCCCGGCGACUCCUCCCUGCCGGUCUUUACAAACCCCUGGCCGUGCUCGGGCAUACUGCAACAUGGCUCAUCCGCACCCAGGGUGCCGCUGGUCCACGUCCGCGACGAGUCGCCCGGCGGCAGGGCGGGAGAGGCGCGUCCGUCGGUGGUCUCCGAGGACGCGGUCGCCGGGCUGCCGCUGACGCGGUUCCCCCCGUGGACGAGCAACUCGGACAGAGAGCGGAGCAAGAGCGAAGAAGGCGCGGGGUGUCGCUGCGACGAGGGGAGCCUCAGGAGGGGGGUUGUGCAUGCGGCGGUGCUGGCGGCGCAGUUUGUUGCGUUUACGGGCGUGUUUUGCGUGUGGGUGGGCGUUGCGGUUGGCGAGGGCGCUGACCAUUCGGGAUUCUGGCACAAGUUGUGGGUGUAUUUCCAGCCGGUGCUGGGGGGUCUCGGUCUGCUUGCCGCGGCGGCGAUGCUGGCCUACGACAUGGCUGAUGGGCUGUCUGACGGGGUGUUUCUGGGGGUUCAGGCCGGGGUGUUGGCGGUGGCUGGCGCGGCUGGGCUCUGCGUGGUCUGGUGGGCGCUUGAGACGGGGAGCCGGGCGGUUGUUGGGGCGGCGGCGGGCACGGCGGCCAUGAUGCUCGGGGUGGGGGUGUUUGGGUUUGCGAGGGCGGCCGUGGUUUGGUGGCUGAGUUGA